CGGUUGGACUUUGCGUUUCCGUUCGCACGCAGGCUCACCAUCUCCUCAGCGCCGACGACGAGGUCCCCUUCCUCAGCAAACAUGGCCGCUCUACCCAAGCGCAUUAUCAAGGAGACCGAGCGGCUGUCGAAGGAGCCCGUCCCGGGGAUCUCGGCAGUCCCUCACGACGACAACCUUCGUUACUUCGAUGUGACCAUCGAUGGCCCCGCCCAGUCGCCCUACGAAGGAGGCGUGUUCAAGUUGGAGCUGUUCCUUCCGGACGACUACCCGAUGACGCCGCCCAAGGUUCGCUUCCUGACCAAGAUCUACCACCCAAACAUCGACCGCUUGGGAAGGAUCUGCCUGGACGUGCUGAAGAGCAACUGGUCGCCGGCUCUCCAGAUCCGCACCAUACUCCUCUCCAUCCAGGCGUUGUUGGGUGCGCCGAACCCGGACGACCCGCUCGCAAACGACGUGGCCCAACAGUGGAAGGAGGACCAGAAUCAGGCCAUCGCAACGGCGAGGGAGUGGACCGAGAAGUUCGCAAAGGCAUAGUUCAUGUCAACGGCUUGUCGAUGAUGGUCAAGGAGGGUGGCAACUGGCUCACCAACCCCAUCUCGUGCACUAAUGCGUGGUCUAUCUCCCGGGAUGAUGACGAUCAGGUCUUCUCGACCUUCGGCUCUAGCAGCGACAACCGUGCCAUGGUCUCCAAGUGGAAUGGCGAUCCGUUCGACGAGCUCAAGUUCUUGAUUACCAAGCCCGAUCAUCCCUUCAACUUCAAGCACAACUAUGUGCUGUACUACGGCCUCUGCUGCCCAUACAACUUUCUGUAAAU